ACACAUAAAGCCCGAGAGUAGCAAGCGCUGCGAGAGCAGUCAGCGAGUCUGUCGUGCGCAGGGUACAGUUGUUACCGCUAUACUGGAAAGGCAGACCGCUUGCUCCUCUGGCUUAAUCAACCGCUCUCUUUGAGGAAUUAAAGGAGUUGUUUUGUUCAAUUUGCUGGCAUGUUCGAUUCUUAUUAUGGGCUGCAUCCUUCGGGCUUGAGACGUCAUUGUGGGCUUUGUUGUUUUUUUCCUGUAAAUAUUAUUGCUUUUAUUUUUCUAAAACGUUUAGCUGCGGAUAAUAGCUGGACUUCUCUCCAAUGGAACAGGUUCGCUCCAGCGCUCGCCAGCAACCCUUCGUCAGCACCUAAUCUUUCCUAGAGAAACGUGUCCAACUUCGGCUGCCGAGAAACAUGGACUGUUUUCACAUGCUCUAUUUUCUGUCUAGACACCAUGAUUCCUGGUAAUCGAAUGCUGAUGGUAAUUCUAUUAUGCCGAGUCCUUCUAGGGGAAAGCAGCCAUGCUAGUCUAAUACCAGAGGAAGCUAAAAUAAAAGCGUCAGAGCCGCAGGGUAGUCGCUCUGGGCAAAGCCAUGAACUGUUACAGGACUUCGAGGCUACUUUGUUGCACAUGUUUGGCCUGCAGAGACGGCCCAGGCCCAGCCACUCAGCCGUCGUGCCCCGGUAUAUGCUGGAUCUCUAUCGUCUUCAGUCUGGAGAGACGGAGGAGGCAGGAGAACACGGCACGACGUUCGAGUAUCCAGAGAAGUCUGCCAGCCGAGCAAACACAGUGAGAGGAUUCCACCACGAAGAGCACCUGGAGCGUGUGCUGGACUCGACAGCUCCACUGCGCUUCCUCUUCAACCUGAGCAGCAUCCCAGAGGACGAGAUUCUAUCAUCAGCAGAACUCCGGCUGUACCGCCAGCAGAUCGAGGGGGCAGGGCUGGGCGGGGAAGAGGGGGGCUUCCAUCGAAUCAACGUCUACGAGAUCCUCAAGCCCCCCCAGACGGGCACAGGGCAGCUCAUCACGCGGCUCCUGGACACGCGUCUGGUCCACCACAAUGCCACACGUUGGGAGAGCUUUGACGUGAGCCCCGCGGUCCUGCGCUGGACACGAGACAGACUGCCCAACCACGGCCUGGCCCUGGAGGUGCUGCACCUCAACAGCACCCCCACGCAGCAGGGCCGGCACGUGCGCAUCAGCCGCUCGCUGCACCCAGGCGCCGCUGAGGGUUGGUCGCAGCUACGCCCCCUGCUGGUCACGUUCAGCCACGAUGGCAAGGGCCACCCGCUGACUCGGCGGACCAAACGCAGCCCCAGGCCGCGGGGCCGCAAGAAAAACCGGAACUGCCGGCGACACGAACUGUACGUGGAUUUCAGCGACGUGGGCUGGAAUGACUGGAUAGUGGCGCCCCCUGGCUACCAGGCUUAUUUCUGCCACGGGGAUUGCCCCUUCCCCCUGGCGGACCACCUGAACUCCACCAACCACGCGAUCGUGCAGACUCUGGUGAACUCAGUGAAUGCUGAAAUCCCCAGGGCGUGCUGUGUGCCCACGGAGCUCAGUGCAAUCUCCAUGCUGUACCUCGAUGAGCACGACAAGGUGGUUCUCAAGAACUAUCAGGAGAUGGUGGUGGAGGGCUGUGGCUGCCGCUGAGACUUAACACCUAGAUCCUUCACUUGGACCCUUAUUUAUGAUGUGCUGAUGUUUGUUUGUUUUUUUGACAAUAUGAUCAUAU